AUGGGGUGCAUGUGGUCCUCUACCAGAGCCGCCCCGGAAAACGAAGCACCCAAUCAGCAAAACACCAUCAGCAUCGGCCUAUUUGCAACUAUUCACCGACUGAGCGAUGGAAUUGUCCGGAAGAUACCCUGCAGCUCGUCAGACUCUGAUGGUCCCCGAGCAGCCCAUAUCGAGGCGAUCAUCUACCGGCACCUUGGCAACCAUAGACGCAUUGCGCGGUGCCUCCAUGCCUGCGACGACUACAUCGAUCUUAAAUACGAGCCUUACGCAGACGCAGCGAGCUUCCUUGGCUGUUGGCAGGUUCCCAGCGGAAUCAGAUACCAGUUCGCCCGCCAGGCUGUGGAGGCUGUCCACUACAUCCACGGAAAGGGGGUCAUCCAUUCAGACCUCGCUGCACGCCAGUUUCUCGUGGACGAGACGUUCAGUCUGAGACUGUCAGACUUUGGAGGCUCGUCGCUGCACGGAGGUGAAUCCAUUAUUGUUGAGAACGCGACGCAUUUCCUGCCCCGAGACUGCUCGUCGCCCACGACCGUGCAGAGUGAUCUGUUCGCCCUCGGCUCUACGCUUUACGAGAUCCUUGUCGGCCAGAAACCUUACGGUGAUCUUAGCGACGAGGAAAAGGUGCUGCGAUUGUAUUCCAGUAAAGUCUUUCCCAACCUUGAUGCAGUGACAGAUGGUCAAUGGAGAGCGGUCAUCACCGGAUGCUGGAUGACGCAGUACAGAAGUGCCUCCGAGAUCCUGAACAAUCUUCCACCUCAGUCCCUGACUCUUCGGCUAUUUCUUUUUCUUUGGAAGGCUUAUCACCGGCUGCGACGCGCUGUGAAGAGGGAUAAGUGA